AUGACGUUUCACAAAGGUGAUGCGGUUGAGAUUUGCAGCAUAGAAGAGGGUUUUCUAGGUUCCCACUACGUUGCAACCGUCAUUUCGCUAGUGGGGAAGUCUCGAGUCUUGGUGCUAGGGCUCUAUGUUGAUGAAGUUGACGCCUUCCACAGCGAUGGCUGGUGGGUCAAAAGGAUAACCCGUAUAAAAGGUCCUCUGUACUACAGCUACUUCUCCAACACUAUAGAUGAGAUUGCAUACCCCUUUUCGUAG